AUGAACUAUAGUCACAUUUAUCCAUAUUACCAGAACCCUAGCUCUAACCAGUGUUCGGGAUAGUGCCAACGCCAGCAAUUCAUCCCACUACCCUAAUAAUUAAAACUUGUCCACACCGUACCAAACCCUGUCCUAAGAUUCCGAAACAUAGUCUGUGGAGUGUUCAUAACAAAAGACACAAAUGCGAUCUAGAGCUUCACAAAUUAGUCGCCACUCGAUUUGAAUGAUAGUCAGCAGCCGGUAAUCAAGAAAAAGAGAUAGAGAUAAAACACCAAGCACUUUGUUAGCUAUAAAAGAUCACUAGUCCUUAAAAGCAACUCUAGCAGAGAUUUGAGUGGAAGAUAGUUGUCUCAAUUGAGUUAAUAAUUCGAAGAUUUCCCUUAACUCCAAAGUUACCAGGACUAUCAAUGCAAAAAGGAGUAAAUUUUUUCUAUUCAUAAGUCAAACUCCACUUCCACCCUGAAAAAGCAGCGUAUUGAGAAAGCUUCAUUGAAGUAAAAGAAUUUGAACAAGCCCCAUUAAUAUUUCGAUGAAGAGAGAACUCUUCGUUCAGAUGUGAUCUUCAAAGCAAUCAUCAGAGAUAUGAGAAAAUUUUUCAAAAACCAAUUCAAUUAACUUACAAAGUAUAAGAAAAAGUUCCAGAAGUUUAGCACCAGCAAGAAUACCAAUAUUAUGUUAUACUAAACUAAAGAACAACUUUUCUACAAGAGCCUCCGUCUAUUUUUGAACUAACUUAUUCACAAUGGAAAAAAUGAUAAUUUGGACCAGAUGCCUCUAGAAAUGGAAAAAGUUAUUAUCGAUUUGGUUUUCUUCUUCGGAAGUUUCAUUUACGAAAAAGAGAUGGAUAGGACUAUCUCAUAUCUCAAGCAGUACUACUUAUAAUAGCAUUAGCAAACUUCCACUCCAGAUUUAAUGGCCCUAGGAAUUAAAUUUGAGGAGUUUACCCAACAAUAAUAUAUACAUCAAAUACAAUACCAUCUUUAUAGCUUUAGCUUAGGAAAAUUAGAGAACUUAAUGAACUAAUUUCAGUUUAGUUUCUUCUUCGUCCAGUAUUAUUAGCUUGCCUUAGUCUAAAACAACAUCGUUGGGCAAAAGCCUACGAUGGCAAAGAACUAAUGUUACUAUGUGGAAGCUUAUAACCUUCUUUUAAGAGGGUGCUAACAGACAUUAAAAAAAUUCUAAAUUAACAAUUAAUAUAACAAAUAUGACACCUAAUUUCACAUGAAAUUGAAUCAACUUCUCGACAUUAAAGAAGUCCCUAUCUCAAACAGUGAGUAAAAGAGUACCGAGUUAGUUUAAAUGAACUUCGGUCCUGAAAGUGAGGUUGAAGAAGAAUCAGUUUCAGACCCUAACAGCACAACAAUCGGAAAAUUACUAUCAUUAAGAACCGGUGUUAGUGUUUGUUAAUGA